CGAUGAUUCAUCCUUAUCUGCAUGCAGUUACCAAACUUCAGGAGAGAUUACAUCAAAAUCUUAACUUUCAAACCAACAGAAUGAAAUAUAGAAAAAGAAAAAAAAAAGAAAAAAAACAAAUAUGGCACAAGCACAACAACCUGAGGAAAAGAAGAAAAUGAAAGAUGCCAUGGCUACACCUUCGGCCAGAACCAGCAAUGGAGUGUCGUUCAGAUUCAAUGCACAUGCACCAGAAUUCGUGCCUGCAUUGUACAACCAAAUCCCAGUUUCCGGUUAUUAUUACCCUUGGUUCCAUUAUCAUUGUGCAGAUGCUACUGCUUCCGACUGGUUUGGUGACCAAGAACCUGCUACUUACAUGAUUUGUAACCGUAAUCUCUCCAUCCCAAUGCCUAGUUUUUCUUCGAGAAAUGUCCUCAACAAUGAUCUACGUCAAGAAAUCAUCAAACAGGUGGAAUAUCUGUUGAGUGACAUGAGUCUUAUAGCAAACGAAUCCUUCUCCAAGCAAAUAAGUAGAGAUCCUGAAGGUUUUGUGCCAAUAUCCUUUAUUGCUUCUACAAAGAAAAUCAAGUCCCUCAUAGCCAACCAACAGUUAUUGGCUCAAAUACUGACCUUCUCUUCAAAUCUUGUUGUGAGUGACAACGGUAAGAAGGUUCGACGGAAACACCCUUUCACCGAAAAAGAAAGAGAGGAAGUGCAGUCCCGUACCGUCGUUGUCGAGAAUUUGCCUGAUGAUCACUCUCACCAGAACCUUGACAAGAUUUUCGAUGUCGUUGGGAGUGUGAAGAACAUCCGAAUAUGUCGUCCCCAGGAAUUCAAUUCUUCCCGGUUUAGAAUCGAUUUCAUCAAGUCGAACAAGCUAUAUACUCUUGUGGAGUAUGAAUCGAAAGAAAUUGCAGAGAAAGCGGUCGAGAAGUUAAACGACAAACGCAAUUGGCGAAAAGGGCUUCGAGUAAGGCCGCUGCUUAGAUGCAGCCAAAGUCUUAUGAAAUCAAGAAAAUCAGAAUUUGAUGGCAUGUUAGACGGCGAUGAUUCGUUGUUUGCCGAUUACUCUGAAGAUUCCUCUCUGUCAAACAAUGCUGAAUCAGUUGAGAACAAUGUUGAGGAUAAUGGUGUGGGACCGAAAAGGGGAUGGGGUAAGGGCUGGGGACGCCUUCAAACCAACAGUGGACGCGGCUUUAUUCCUUCGAAUCCUCAACCGAGCAAUGCAGUCCAAUGCGAAACAUCGGUGAAACAUAUGAUGAAGGGUCCAAGAAUGCCGGAUGGAACCAGGGGUUUUACCAUGGGGCGAGGCAAGCGGAUAACUUCGCCGGUGGGCUGAUAGAUGGCACAUUGUCUCCGGUCUA